AUGAGGAAGCUCAAGUUUCACGAGAAGAAGCUUUUGAAGAAAGUCAAUUUCUUACAAUGGAAAAGAGAAGGUGGCCAUCGUGAGAACAUGAUUACCUUUCGAUUCCACAUGGGUGGUCGUGACGAUUACAAAAAUUAUUCAAAUUUGUGUAGGACGGUGCAGAAACUGACGAAUGUAAUGAAACAGAUGGAUCCAGCAGAUCCUUUUCGUAUUCAAAUGACUGAUAUUCUUUUGGAGAAGCUAUAUAACAUGGGUGUUAUACCGACUAGGAAAAGCUUGGCUUUAACUGAUCGGUUAUCAGUUUCAUCCUUCUGCAGGCGUAGGCUAUCGACUGUACUGGUUCACCUGAAGUAUGCAGAGCACUUGAAAGAAGCUGUGACAUACAUAGAGCAAGGACACAUUCGUGUCGGACCGGAAACAAUUACUGAUCCAGCUUUCUUAGUGACUCGGAACAUGGAAGAUUUCAUCACUUGGGUUGAUUCUUCCAAGAUUAAACGGAAGGUGCUUCAGUACAAUGAUAAAAUGGAUGACUAUGACAUGAUUGCUUAA